GGGAUUUCCGGGGCGGUGGUUGCAUCAGAUUCUGGGAAGCCGUGGCGGCCUCGGCGAGUGCGGGAUUCGGGUGAUGGCAGGGUCCUCUACGGAGCACGCUCCUGACUACAGGGCCAUCCUGGGCAUUAGUGACGAGGCGGCCCGGGUGCGGGCGCUGGACACGCACCUCAGCACGCGUAGCUACGUGCGGGGCUUCGCCCUGUCCCAGGCGGACGUGGACGCCUUCAGGCAGCUCUCGGGCCCUCCGGCUGACCCGCAGCUCUUCCACGUGGCCCGCUGGUUCCGGCACGUGGCUGCGAUCCUGGGCAGCCCCCCCGCCACAGGCCCGCCCUGCGGGCUCCAAGCAACAGGCAGAGGGCGGCGUGCACAGCCCGCAUGGUCUCCUCCAGCCGGGUCCGAGCCGUGCCAGCUCCGCCUGUACAACAGCCUGACCCGGAGGAAGGACGUGUUUGUGCCGCAAGACGGGAGGAGGGUGACGUGGUACUGCUGCGGGCCCACUGUCUAUGACGCCUCGCACAUGGGGCACGCCAGGUCCUACAUCUCCUUCGAUAUCCUGAGAAGGGUGCUGAGGGAUUACUUCAAGUUUGAUGUCUUCUACUGUAUGAACAUCACGGACAUUGACGACAAGAUCAUCAAGAGGGCCCGGCAGAACCACCUGUUCGAGCGGUACCGGGGGACGCAGCCCCAGGCGGCACAGCUGCUGGAGGACGUGCGAGCCGCCCUGCAGCCGUUAUCCGCGAAGCUGCAGGAGACUGUGGACCCGGACAAGAGGCAGAUGCUGGAACGCCUGCAGCGCGCGGUGGCGCAGGCCGCGGAGCCGGUGGAGGGAGCACUGCGGGCCGGCCUGGCCGGGCAGGAGCUGGACGGCCGCGUGCAGGUGUUGCUGGAAGAAGCAAAGGAUGUGCUUUCUGACUGGUUGGAUUCCUUGCACGGCAGUGAGGUGACGGACAAUUCUAUUUUCUCCGAACUGCCCAAAUUCUGGGAGGCAGAGUUCCACAAAGACAUGGAGGCCCUGAACGUCCUCCCUCCUGACGUCCUGACCCGGGUUAGUGAGUACGUGCCGGAGAUUGUGGACUUUGUCCAGAAGAUCGUGGACAACGGUUACGGCUAUGCUUCAAACGGGUCCGUGUACUUCGACACAGUCAAGUUUGCCAACAGUGAGGGGCACAGCUAUGGAAAGCUGGUGCCCGAGGCCGUCGGGGAUCAGAAAGCCCUGCACGAGGGGGAAGGCGACCUGAGCGUCUCCGCAGAGCGCCUGAGUGAGAAGCGGUCCCCCAACGACUUUGCGCUCUGGAAGGCCUCCAAGCCUGGGGAGCCAUCCUGGCCCUGCCCCUGGGGCAAGGGGCGCCCCGGAUGGCACAUCGAGUGCUCGGCCAUGGCGGGCACCCUCCUGGGAGCCUCGAUGGACAUCCACGGAGGGGGCUUCGACCUCCGCUUCCCCCACCACGACAACGAGCUGGCGCAGUCAGAGGCCUACUUUGAGAACGACUGCUGGGUCAGGUACUUCCUGCACACGGGCCACCUGACCAUCGCGGGCUGCAAGAUGUCCAAGUCGCUGAAGAACUUCAUCACCAUUAAAGACGCCCUGAAGAAGCACUCAGCCCGCCAGCUGCGCCUGGCCUUCCUCAUGCACUCGUGGAAGGACACGCUGGACUACUCGGCCAACACCAUGGAGUCGGCGCUGCAGUACGAGAGGCUCCUCAACGAGUUUUUCUUAAACGUGAAAGACCUCCUCCGAGCCCCCGUGGAGGUGGCCGCUCAGUUUGAGAAGUGGGAGGACGAGGAAACAGAGCUGAACAAGAGCUUUUACAAGAAGAAGGCCGCGGUUCACCAAGCCCUCUGCGACAACAUCGACACACGCACGGUCCUGGAGGAGAUGCGGGCUCUGGUCGGCCAGUGCAACCUCUACAUGGCGGCCCGGAAGGCUGCCAGGAGGAGGCCCCACCGUGUUCUGCUAGAGAGCAUCGCCCACUACCUCACACACAUGCUGAAGGUCUUUGGGGCCAUAGAAGAGGAAAGCUCCUUGGGUUUUCCCAUCGGAGGAGCUGGAACCAGUCUCAAUCUGGAGUCCACGGUCAUGCCGUACCUGCAGGUGCUAUCGGAGUUCCGGGAAGGAGUGCGCCGGAUCGCCCGUGAGCACAGAGUGCCUGAGGUCCUCCAGCUGAGCGACGCCCUGCGGGACGACAUCCUGCCCGAGCUGGGGGUGCGGCUGGAAGACCACGAAGGACUGCCCACCGUGGUCAAGCUGGUGGACAGGGACACCUUACUGAGAGAGAGAGAGGAAAAGAAAAGGGCUGAAGAGGAGAAGAGGAGGAAGAAAGAGGAGGCCGCCAGGAAGAGACAGGAGCAGGAGGCAGCAAAGCUGGCCAAGAUGAAGAUCCCACCCAGUGAGAUGUUCUUAGCGGAAAGCGACAAAUACUCCAAGUUCGACGAAAACGGUCUGCCCACACACGACACGGAAGGCAAAGAGCUGAGCAAAGGGCAGGCCAAGAAGCUGAGGAAGCUCUUCGAGGCGCAGGAGAAGCUGCACUUGGAGUACCUGCAGCUGGCUCAGAACGGGGGCGCCCCGUGACCCCUGGGACCCCGCCCGCGCGCCCGCCUGUUUACAGCGGCCCUCGGCCCCCAGGGAAGCGCUCUGUCCGCAGAGGGCCGGGCCGCCCCCUGCUCUGAGUCAGUAAUAAAGUCUUCCCAACCGGGCGCCGGGCUCUGUCUGCCAUCAGCCUGCACGGUCAGCGCGCCGGGCUGGCCGGGCUGCUGGGUCAGCAGGUCACGACUCAGGGGCUCGGACCGCUGAGUGGCUUCAGCCAAGGACCGUUCCCCCCCUCCCGCCCAGUACAGAUGGCUAUCAGCUAAUCUCUACUGUGUGGGCGCAUUGGGAGGCAUUUGAGCAGGAAAAAGAUGGGCUCAAACUGGCAGGGCCUGCCGGCGCCGCACACAAAGCCUGCCCAGCCGGGCACUCAGGUCCUGCUAGCUCAGCUCGCAGCGCUGUCUCCACGGCGAUCCUGCGGGCGGGCCGGCUCAGCACCGCCGGGGUGAGAGGGGGGCCGCGGUGUCCCCGGUCCCCGCCCGGGAGCAUGUCCUCCCCACCCCCGUUCACGCGUUUUCACUCCCAGAGGAGAAUCCUCACUGAGCUCCAGGGUGUGUCUCCAGCCUUGGUCGAGGUGGGGCACCGGGGAGGCCAGGUGGGCUCUGCGAGGGCCUCGAUGGGGUCCUCGGGGCCGGGCGGACGGGCUGAGGGUCGUCGUCCCGUUCUCUGUGGCAGUCAGGGUGCGGUGACCCGGCCCGCGGUUGGGGGGGUGUUGGCCAUGCCCGGGGUGGGCGUGCUCACCCUGCACCUCUGUAGCCCGCCCACAGGAGCACUGCUCCCAGAGCAGGUGGGAGCACGCGCCGGCCGACACUGGCUGCACUUGGGGGCCCAGCCCCAUGGGGAGCCCGAGAGUGGGAUCCCACGGGGACAGGCUCUGGGUGUCAGUGUCGCUGUGCGUACGAGGGCGCUCCGCUUGUGUCCCACUGCGACCCCAUGGGCUGUAGCCCCCAGCCUCCUCCGUCCGUGGGGUUCUCCAGGCAGGAACACCGGGGUGGCUUGCUGUGCCCUCCUCCAGGAGAUAUUUCCAACCCAGGGACUGAAAUGUUCAACUACAAAAAACAUAAACCCCAGUAACAAAAACAGCCCCCAAACAGUGAAACAAGCCCAGGCCAGUUAUCUGGUGCUGCCCAGCAAGCCGCCCCGCCCUCGGUGCUGACGUGGUGCUGACCUUAUCGUUGAGCCUGGCCCCGCUGGUGGCUCUCGGUCAGGGCCCCCACCGGGUGCAGUCAGGGUGGGGUCUGCGCUCCGGAGCCGGGGUGCUGGGUGGGGGCCCCCUGGUCCACGGCCUCGGUUCUCCCCAGAGAGAUAGGUACCACGUGCCCUUGGGUGUCUCAGGGACCCCCCAUCACCCCCUGAGGGCGGGGGCACGGUGAGGGCGGGGAAGAGGGCGGCAGCCACGUAGGAACGCGCCCCUUCACCCAGUCGCAGCGGCUCCGGGGGUCGGGGGGAACGUGCCCCUCUGCUGCACGGCAUCGGGGGUUGUCCCAGGCCACAGCAGAGGAGUCACGCGGGACCCCGACACUGUGUCUCCACUCAGAGGGCUGCAUGCCUAUCACCCCUGCUUCCCGGCCCUGUAGGCUGAGGGGCUGCCCUGGGAAGUGUGAGCACCGGGCCGGUUCCAGCUCUUGAGUGGCAGCCCCCUCCUGGGAGGAAGCGUUCCGGAAGGAAGGAAGGAAGUCACGGGGCAGACCAGAAAUGGCACAGCGGUCGGGGGAUCUCCAGGGCAUUGGGCAGAGGGUCCCGCAUGGCGAGAUCAGGUGAGGUGACCUCCUCAAGAGCCCAGAGGUGCAGAGAGCGCAUCUGGUGGGGCCGGGGGGUUGCUGACUAGAAAGGGCAGCAGGAGGGGUCGUCACGGCGGCGCCCGCUCACCCAUUGGCCACAGUGGUGGCUGCAGGAAUCCACGUCCGGGGCCACGUGCCCCCAGGGCUGGUCUCCGGGCGCUGAUCUUGGGUGAGACGUAAGCAUCAGGAAAUCACGUGGAGGGCACAGGGUCUCUUCUGCUGCAGCUUCCUGGAACCUCUUACUAUUUCAAAGUCAAAAGCCUCAGCAGCCUCCCCCGGCCCAGUCUGAGAAGACCUGGGCACUGAAAAAAAAGGGCUGUUGAAAUCCGGCUUCCACACUUGCCUUGCCUUCAAGGCCAAAGAAGGCCAAGACGUAAUACCUGUCACCGCUGGAGGGGACAUCUGGUCCACAAGCUUGGUUUUCCUGAGUGGCAGGAUUAGACGUCUCUGUUCCCCGUGGAAACUGCCCUUCAGGGCCCCCCACGGCCCCACUGAAAGCAGCAGCGGGCCGAGCUGAUGGGACAGAGCGGACGGAACACGGCAGUUGGACAGCCUCCGUUCCUGGGUCCCGGCCAUCCGUUCCCGACUCAGGCCAGGGCCAUUGGUGGGCUCUGAGCUGGAAGUUGGGAGCUGCCGGUUCUCACGGCGGUGAAGUGUCAUCUCACAGGUGGCUUGGAGGUGGCGGGGACCAGGAAGGGUGCACCUAUCCAACGCCGAGCUCUGCCCAUCACCACCACCCCCCGCCCCCGUCUCUCAGGCUCCGCAUCCCCCGAGAGGGACAUGUGGGUCUGAGGGGUCCCCUGCGGGGGAGCCGGCCUCACCUGCACAGAGCAGUCUUUGCACUAAGAGCACAGAGCUAGUACCGAGUGAAGCUUCCAGACCCACACCGCCCAAGCAGCCCUGGCUCGGACGCAGCUGAGGCUGCAGAGCGUGCCGCCUCCCGUUCCUGGGGUGAGGCCCCUGCCCCUGGUCGGGGUCCCUCCUGGAGGAGGCCAUCCGCCUCAGGUCCUGCUCACAGGCUGCACUGGGGAGCCAGGCAGAGGCAGGCGGUGCCCAUGGAGAGGCAGACGGACUCCUCCAGGAGGCGGGGCCCGAGAAACGCCACCACCUCCAGCGUGUGGACCUUGACGGUUCUGAACAAACCUGCCACAGAGAUGUUUGGGGACAUUCACGUGUGGGCCGGGCGUGGCAUGACUAAGGAACUCUCAGUUCUGUUAGCGCGAUUGUGCGGGCUGUGUCCUCGUGUCUUAGUUUAGGACAGCACGGUGUGAGGUCCGUCACGGAGCUGAAACAGCGGAUGAAGCCAAUCAAGCACGUGCUUGUGGUCACAUCAGAGCGACCGGUGUCUGUCCCCUAGGUCAUCCUCUCUACCUUCCUGUGUUCCAGACUUUUCAUGAUCCGAUAUUGUUUGUAACAUGCUGCCAGGGAACACUCUCAUCUUUAUUUUUAUUGAUUUAUUUGCUUAUUUUUUUGGCUAUGGCCACACAACAUGCAGAGUCUUAGGUCCCUGACCAGGGACUGAACCCACGCCCCCUGCGUUGGAAGCACAGUCUUCACCACUGGACUGCCAGGGAGGUCCUUCACCCUCUUGUCUUUAGUGGAGAACAUGAGUCCUGCCCUGCAGCUGCGAAGGAUCGGGUGGGGAGUGGGGGGCUGGCCCCGGCCAGGGUGCCUGCAGGGGGUGUGGGGGGCCCAGGACGUUCGCCACCCCACCGCAGCCUGGUCAGCAGAGUCCUUGCUGUCCCCUUUGCAUUUGGUCUUUGUACCCUCACAAGCCACUGCAGAACCUUCUGGAACAAGAUGGGGUGAAAAACUUUUUUUUAACUUGGAAAAUAUCAAUUCACCAGUAAAAUUUUGUUUCCUUUG